UCACCGGACAAGUCGGCAGCAAACAGCCAGAAGGAUGGUACGGGAUAUUCUUGCUGCCGCAUUAUUGGCGACUUUUGUGAGUGGAGGUUUGUCAUGGUGCGCAUUUAACAGCCCCAACAAGUACAACUACAAAGUAGUGAAGUACAUCGGAGCCAAUGACACUUGGGUGCCCUUUGUAGUGCGGUCCUGUGGUGACGUCCAUAUCGCUUUGCACCCAACCAAGAACGUGUCCUCCAAGUUCCAAACCGAAGCCUACGAGAUCGUCCUUGGGGGCUGGGGGGACCAGAAAUCCUGCAUUAGGAAAAAGCUUCAGGGAAGCUGUCUUGCCUCAGCAAAAACUCCUGGAAUUGUCAGUCCAAGAAAGUUCAAAUAUUUCUGGAUUUCUUGGGAAGAUGGACAUAUCAAGGUGGGCAGAGGAAAUCAGCGUGACCAACACAUGUUCAUGGACUGGAAAGAUAAAGAGCCAUACGACCUGAAAUCCCUGUCGGUCUCGUCUUGGCCUGUCGUACCGGGCGCCGCCUGGCGGUUUCCACAGUUUGACAAGUGCUCGGAGUCCGCUCCAUCGACGCUUCUCGGUUAAAGCUGACGGUGAACAGUGUUUUGUUUAAAACAGAUUUUGAGGGAAAAUACAGAGUCUAAAUUGAUUGUUUUCCUUUUUUCAUGUACUGGUAUUUAAUAAUAUGUAGUUAAUUUCGUAAAAAAAGUGAUUCAUUCCCUGGAUCGAGACAAUUAGGCACACAUUUCGUGUAAUGUUUUCAUAAUUUUUAUUUGUCCCAUUACUUUUAAACCCCUGUCUUAUACUAUAGCACCCAUCAAUAUGGGAGGAAAACAACAUUAAUCUAUGAUAUAAGAAAGUUACGCAAGAGGGUCACUGUCUUCUAGAAUAACCUAUCUCUACUUGAAAAAUGACGAUGUACCCUGGCUACGUAUGCUAAAACAUGAUCAGAUUAUGCAUUAUGUACGUUUCCGACUUGUGCAAAAUGUCAACCUUCUCAGUAGCAGAGUUGGAUCCUUUUAUGUAACGCAGAUCAUGACGGAUUGUGCGUACAUUACAUUAUAUCAUUGCUCAUCUUAUUGAUAAGAUACUAGAGUAUUAUA